AUGAUGCUCCAUAUGUCCACCACCAAAGGGCUCAGGGUCCUCCCAGCCGUCGCAAGGAUCGAAGAAGAUCGGCUCCAUGGCGAAUUUUUACUUCCUUAUAUCUACGUCUUGUUCUCCUGGAUUAAGAAAUUUGCUUGUAGAGGGGGCCCGAGGGGCGAGGGCAAAGACGAGGCGGGGAGCCACAAAAGCCAAAAGAAACAGCCGAAAAGUAAGAGCGAACGCCUCUCGGGGUGGAUGAAUGGGUGGGAAGAAUGCGGAGAAAGGCGUGGCUUGGAUCCUCCCACAUCAAAGCAUAAAUGUAUAAAACGCUGGGUGGCACCAGCGAGGCAGAGGGACGGCGUGCAGUCUCGCCGAGUCAUCAAGGACAAUUAUCCUGGCUUCUUAGUAGGCUGA